CCGACAAACGCAGGACGGACGGCACGGAGGCGGUGGAGGACGUCGGUCCUCCGCUCUUCGGGAGCGCGAUCACGCAAAUUCGCGCGAUAGUAACGACCGACAACGUCCCCGUCGGGUCUCCCGAUCGCGUCGCUCCGCGAAUAAAUCUUCUUUCUCUCUUCUUCUCGCUCGCUCGCGCGCGCGCGUUACAACAAGUUGAAUGGACAAGAGUACCAAAUACCGAGUGCCUAUCGGCGACGCCUACGUGUCUAUGCGCGUGUGCUUCGACUCGCUGUGCUUCUCGUCGACGCAGCAGCCGCUCGCCGACGAGGAGGAGGACGCCGCCUCGUCGCAGCUGUCGACGACGCACGGCGCCGCGGCCGUCGUUGCCGUUGACGCCGUCACCAGCGCCAACACCAACGCCAACAUCAACAUCAUCACCACCACCACCACCACCACCACCACCACCACCACGCAAGUCACCCAAGUGCCGCACAUCGUCGGCGGCACCGCCGCAGGAGGUGGUGCCGCGAGUGCCGCCAUGGGCACCAUGAGGGAGCUCCAAGAGCUGUUGCGGGCCAAGGACGAAAGGAUCGCGGAGCUCGAGGCCGUGGUGUGUUGCCGCGACGCCGAGAUUCAGGAGUUGCGCAGCCACCUCGACAAGUUCCUGAGCGUGCUGCCCUUCAGCGCGGCGCCGCCGCUCACGCCGACCAAGCCUCGUACCCGCGAUCGCGCCCAGGGCAUAUCCGCGGAGCCGCCGCUUCAGGAGCUCGCGCCUCUCGCGGUGGUCGACAAGAGCGACAGGUCUCGCGAAUUAAUCAAGACUGCCAUUCUGGACAACGACUUUAUGAAAAAUUUAGAGCUCACGCAAAUCCGAGAGAUCGUCGAUUGUAUGUAUCCUGUUACGUUUCCGGCUGGUUCGAUCAUUAUACAAGAGGGCGAUGUUGGCUCUAUUGUCUUUGUUAUGGAGGAGGGUAAGGUCGAGGUGUCGAGAGAUGGCAAAUAUCUUAGCACCUUGCAACACGGUAAGGUGCUGGGGGAGCUCGCUAUUCUUUACAAUUGCAAGAGGACAGCGACGAUUACCGCGGCAACUGAUUGUCAUCUCUGGGCCAUCGAUCGACAAUGCUUCCAAACUAUUAUGAUGAAGACUGGUCUCUCGAGACAGGCGGAGUACACGGAUUUCUUGAAAAGCGUGCCGAUUUUCAAGAACCUACCCGAGGAAACUCUAAUCAAAAUUUCGGAUGUUUUAGAAGAGACAUUUUACAACAAUGGGGACUACAUAAUAAGGCAAGGUGCGAGAGGUGACACAUUUUUCAUCAUCAGUAGGGGACAAGUACGUGUAACGAUAAAACAGCCUGAUACGAUAGAAGAGAAGUACAUCAGGACGUUAAGAAAGGGCGACUUUUUCGGCGAGAAAGCUUUACAGGGAGAUGAUCUCAGGACUGCUAAUAUUAUUGCUGAUGAUCCAGAAGGAGUAAGCUGUUUAGUCAUAGACCGUGAAACGUUUAAUCAAUUAAUUUCAUCCUUGGAUGAAAUCCGAACGCGAUACAGGGACGAGCUAGUGGAACGUAGGAGAUUAAACGAGGAAUUCCGAGAUGUACGGUUACAAGACCUUCGGACUAUUGCGACUCUUGGCGUGGGUGGUUUCGGAAGAGUUGAAUUGGUUCAAAUUGCCGGGGACAACACACGAUCCUUCGCUCUCAAACAAAUGAAGAAAGCGCAAAUCGUCGAGACGCGACAGCAACAGCACAUUAUGUCGGAAAAGAGGAUUAUGAGCGAAGCAGAUUGCGAUUUUGUAGUGAAGCUUUUCAAAACUUUCAAGGAUAGAAAGUAUCUCUACAUGUUAAUGGAAGCUUGUUUGGGUGGCGAAUUAUGGACCGUUCUCAGGGACAAGGGACACUUUGACGAUAGUACUACACGUUUUUAUACCGCAUGCGUUGUGGAAGCAUUCGAUUAUCUGCACUCCAGAAAUAUAAUCUAUAGAGAUCUUAAACCAGAAAACCUACUUUUGGAUAAUCAAGGAUAUGUUAAACUCGUGGAUUUCGGCUUUGCUAAACGAUUGGAACACGGACGGAAGACAUGGACUUUCUGCGGUACACCAGAAUACGUGGCACCAGAAGUCAUUCUAAAUAAAGGUCACGAUAUAAGCGCCGAUUAUUGGUCCCUUGGUGUUCUUAUGUUUGAAUUGCUUACGGGUACGCCUCCUUUUACCGGUGCCGAUCCGAUGAAGACGUACAAUAUUAUUUUAAAAGGAAUCGAUGCUAUAGAAUUUCCCAGAUCUAUCACGCGUAACGCGAUGGCGCUUAUCAAGAAACUUUGCAGGGAUAAUCCAGCGGAACGUCUUGGAUAUCAAAAAGGCGGCAUUAGUGAAAUACAGAAACAUAAAUGGUUCGAUGGUUUUAAUUGGGAAGGUUUGAGGACGAGAACUCUGGAACCGCCAAUACUGCCACGAGUCGCAGGCGCUACGGAUACUACGAAUUUCGACGCUUAUCCGGCUGAUUCUGAUCCACCACCACCUGACGACAUUUCCGGUUGGGAUAAUGACUUUUAACGCAAAAAGUAUAGAGGAUUUCUAUUUAAUAUUCGCGUUUUUUAAUCACAUGGCAGGAAAUCGUAACAGCACAAUACGAUUUCUCGAUUAAACGAGACAAUUGGCGACACCUGCAUUUAUAUCAUAUUUAUAUUUCUCUCAUAAUAUUACGUGAUAUAUCAAUUGCAGUUGCAUUUUGUCAUAUUUUUACAUUUUUGUCUUAAUUCAUACAGUCUGUCUACUAGAACAAGGGAAACUGCACUGUGAUAAAAUUUAGGAUUUUUACAAAUUUUUGAAUGAUAUAGAUUUUAGCGAAAUUUAAAAAAAAAAGAUGGUUUAGACUCAAAUUUUUUAUUUAUGUCGCGUCUGGUGUGCGUUCUAGAAGUAAAGUAUCUUCCUCAGUGUUAUAUAUCCUAAUAGAAUACUUAUGCAAGUGUCAAGUGCCAUUAUUACCUCAAGAAGGUAAAUUCAUACAUAUGUUCAUACUUGUGCUCAGAAAAGCGGUCACACGCAAGAAACAGUCAGCUCAAGUCCAAGGGACCUCUUGCCAUCCAUACUUAGCUUAUCAGAAUGUGCAUAUAGUUCAAUCUAUCAGAUGUUAAAUUUUUUAUGGCAAGUUCAUUGUUGUUUGAUUCAUGCUUUAGAGUUUAUUAUUAAUAAUUGUAUUUUAAUUAUAUAUACGUGUGUGUGUGUGUGUGUGUGUGGUGUGUGUGUGUGUGUGUGUUUGUGCGUGCGUGUGUGCGUGUGUAUGUACAUAUACACAUACACAUAUAUAUACAUGAUUCUUGUAAAUAAUUAAUUAUAUCAUAUAAAUUUUAAAUACGAAAUGUAUAUAUAUAUAUAUAUAUAUAUGUCAAUAUUGAAUAAAAUUUUAUGAAUAGCAGCUGCAGGUAUGGCUGCAAGAAUCAAUUAAAUCCAUUUUCUUCAGUGGUUUAUAAUAUUUAGUGUCUCUUCUACUGAACAAUAAAAAAGGAGAAAUGGAUUAUAUGUGAUUACAAUACAUUCACAAAAAGCAUUACGCUUUGACUUUCAACAUUCUAAAUAUUCAGUAAAAUUAUUGAUAAGAAUUUUCUGAAACAUAAAUACUGUAUUUUAUACAUAUAUUGGUUCCUCUAAUAUUGUAAAAAAAAUUAACUUGACUGAUUAUUUUAGCCACACCUUCAAUUGUGUGUACAUAUAUAUAUACAUAUAUAUUUCUGUUGAUUUUUUCUUUAUGUAUAAAAUUCUAUCUUGGAAAAUGAUAAAUAAAAGUGUAUGAGUAUUAUUAGGGUAAUAUCAUGAUUUUAAGUACAAUUUAAUACUGAAGAAUCCCUCUAUCUAUUCUGAAAUCUCAAUCUUCAUUCUUAUUUUUAGACUUAUGCAAAAUGCAAAAAUAAAAAUAUUGCCUUGUACUCACUUUCUCUACAUAUAGUUAUAUUACAAAAUAUCAAAAUAAUCAAUAUUACAAAAAUAUAAUCCUAAUAAUUCUCUUACACUAAUAACAGAUCUAAUUUAAAGCACAAAAGUGAUAUAUCAUUGUUUUCUUUGUUGUGUGAGUAAUUACAGACCUACAAUAAGGAUAUUAUAUUGCUAUAUACAUAUAUAUAUUUUAUAUUAAACACUCAAUUUUAAUCAAUUUUUUUAUAUAAAGACCUAUCUGGACAAAUUUGCGUGCUAAAUAUUUGUUUCAUUUCAUUAUCUUAGAUCUUGAUAAAAAUAUACUUGUUGAAUGCCUUUUGACUAAAAAUGAAGGUUUGGCUUACAAUUAUAAAGACAAAUGCUCAUUUUAUCCAGAUAGGGCUGACGAAAGCAUGAACGUUUUGAGAGCCAUCUUAUUUUACGAUUUAUUUUAUUAAUUUUGAUCUAAUGAAAGUGAAGUAUAAUCAAAGUGUAAUCAAAAGUUGAAAUUGUCGUAUUCUAAAAAUAUAAUCUCUCUCGUAAGCUCAAAAAUUGUCAUUUUUAAC